AUGGAGAACGAUCGUGUCUGCAAAGAGAACGGCGAGUAUGAUGAUCUGGAACUGUAUGCAGGGGAGUCUCUACCGUUGGAAGAUUUACUCUGGGAGAAGGUCAGCCUGCUACAGAGUCAAAACCAAGACAUCGCAUUUUUCUUGGCUGAUCUAGGGGAAAUCUACAGCAAGCUUGAAGACUGGAGGAGACUCCUCCCACGUGUUGAACCUUUCUUUGCGGUCAAAUGCAACUCUCAGCCAGUCGUCACAAGGUUUCUCGCAGAUGCUGGAGUUGGUUUUGACUGUGCUAGCAAAAUGGAAAUAGAACAGAUCUUGAAUCUAGGAGUCCACCCGUCACGCAUUGUCUACGCCAACCCAUUUAAACAGAGCAGCUACCUGACUUAUGCAGCUCGCCAUAAUGUCGAUCUGAUGGCCUUCGAUGAUAUUCAUGAAUUAAUCAAGAUCAAUGAAUAUUUCCCUUGUGCUCGACUGAUCCUUCGUAUGGCAACCAGAGGUGAGGUUAAAGUUCUACACAAGUUCAACAACAAAUUUGGUUGCCCCCUGAAACAGUGUGGAAUGUUGCUGACUCAGGCCUUAGAUAUGAAAAUGAACGUGGUCGGCGUAAGUUUCCAUAUUGGAGGUCAGCCUGAGCAGGUAGACUGCUUCAGUACUGCCAUAGAGGACGCACACCAGGUAUUCAAGAUCGGACUGGCUCUCGGUUUUCAGAUGCAUAUCUUAGACAUUGGGGGAGGAUUUCCUGGUAGAGAUAUGGGCAACAUUUCCUUUGCAAAGACUGACUCUAUUCCUGGUACAGGUAGCACAAGCUGUGAACACAUCAUUAGACAAUAUUUCCCCCCUUCUGAUGGCGUUCGAGUAAUCGCUGAACCCGGACGUUACUUUGUUACCACAUCUUUCACACUGGCUGUUAAAGUGAUAGCGAAAAAAGUUGUCAACGAAGCAGACAUUUCAGCGAACAAAAAUGACAGUUUGUACAACGGAGGCAACAUGAUAGACGACGAUUCGUUAUUGCACAUGUACAUCAUAAACCAGGGGAUCUAUGGAAUUUUUGCAAACGUCGUCAUAGACAAGGCUCCAAUAUCGCUCCAACUGCUGCAGGAGAAAGAAAACUCACAAGUGUCUCGUCCCAGACGCUCUAAAAUCUUUGGACCCACCUGUGCCGGUUGUGACUGUUUGAUGUCGGAAUGUCGGCUCCCCGAGGUUCAGGUGGGCCAGUGGUUUUACUUCCGUAACAUGGGCGCCUACAGUUUCAGUUUAGCAAGUGGUUUCAAUGGUAUUGAACUCCCGCUUGUUUUUCCAGUCUGCAGCAAACAAAAUUGUCCUCCGAAGAAGCAGCCACUCAAAAGUACACAACCAAUAAAUGCUGGUAUUGAUUUACAGUUAUGUAAACACUUUUGA